AUGAAUAAUCCAUCAUGUGGAGGUGAGCCGGAGCAGCGGAAGCAUCACAGGGAACGCAGACAGACCGGGAAAAACAGGGAAAACACAGAUAUGUGCAGACAUACAUGGAUUCUACUGAAUCACUAACAGUGAUACUAUGAGACUUACAGAACACAGGGAUUUCACCGUUCUGAGGAAGCUGAGUACGCUGUCACACACACAGGGAUCUAACUAAUGGGAUCACAUGUGGAUCCAGGUCUGAGGAAACCUAGGGGAGAGCAAAACCGAGACAAGAUGCAUUAUGUGGCUGCUAAAGUCAUGUCUUACGCCACCCUUUUAUAACUGAGGUGUUGGGCACACGGACACAACACAAGAUCACUUUCCCUAAGGACAAGCCCUCUUAAUUGCCAUCAUCAGGAUUUUGCCUCUCCACCCCAGACAGGGGAUCUGCACCCCUGUUUUACCUUCUCCAGACCCCUAAUUCUGAAGGCAUGUUCUGCUUCUGUUUCCAGAGCCCCUCCCUGAAGCAGCAAGCCCUGGAGGCUGAGCUGUGCACCUCGCCCCCCGGAACCCCCCAGGAGGACCUGGAACUCCCCCCUUGUACCAAUGACUACCAGAGCCUAACCCCAUCUCUCCAAUCCCUCCCAAAACAGGACCAGGACAUCAUCAGCACUUCACUGACAGACGCCAGUCCGGUCCACAGGGCCCCCGUGUCUCUCUCUGAGGGGAGUAGCAGUGAGUGUCUGCUGACCCCUGGUCCUAGCCCUCUCCUCCAGCGCCUCGCGGCUGGCGACUGUCCCAUUCCCUCCCCCCGCUGCCACAACCUCAGCCAGGGCCAGCGCUUCAACACAGACCCGGAAACUGCCCCAUCCCCACCCUGCUCACAAUACAUCAGGAUGGCUCAUUACACAGUCAGGACUGAACCAGCAGAGGGAGCUAUCAAGACCCCAUCAGUCACAAUGCUAAACAGACACAUCCAGAACCUGAGGAAGAGGAUCAGACAUUUUGAGGAGCGCUUUGAGCAAGAGAGACACUACAGGCCAGCAUACAAUGAUAAGACUGCCCACCCAGAAAUAUCUAGACUGAUGCAAGACCUCACUAAGUCUCGCAAGCAGCUGAAAGAGCUGAAGCUGAAACAGUGUGUGGAUGGGCUCAGAGAGCAGCAGAGAGGACGGAACACAGCUACAUGCAGGUCCACCAGAGACCCCCAGGGGGAGAUGGAGCACUGCCAGAACAGUAACAACAAACCCUCACUGAAGGAGACUGUCGAUAGCCUGAACAAGAGAAUGAUGGAGAAACAACAGGAGGGACUGCCAGAUAACAUCAAGGAGAUGACUCCGGCUCAGAUGGCUGUGGAGAAGGUCACCCUGCAGAAGUGUCUGCUCCACUUUGAGAGCCUGCAUGGACGACCGAGCACCAGGCAGGAGAAGACUCUGAUGAAGCCCUUCUAUGAUCGCUACCGCCAGGUCAAACAGCAGCUCCUGUGUUCCUCCACCACCAUCCCUUUCAUCACCACAAUAGAGGAAGAGGAGUGUUCUGAUGAAGAGUAUGUGAAGGACAGCCCCUGGCUACCUCAUACAGCGUUGCACUGUGUGUCUUCAGAAGAGUCACUGUGUCUACCGCAUAAUGAGGUAGCCAACACACCUCUCGUGUCGCCUCUGGAGGAGAUCAAAAGUCUACAUCCACCCAGUGUCACCACAGCAACACUGCACGAGGCAUCAAGAUCAGAGUUACUGGAGCAGCUGAGGGUGACACGAGCAGAGAAGAAGAGACUCCGUUCAGUACUCCGAGACUUUGAGGACCACUUCUACACACAGACCGACAGGAAUGCCCAGAAAGAGGACCGCGGGCCCAUGGCAGAGGAGUACUGCGAGUACAAGAACCUAAAAGCUAAACUCCACUUACUGGAAGCCCUGCUCAGUAAACAGGAUACUUAGAAGACUGUCUAAGCUUCCUUCACAGU